AUGUUGGCCGGGUGUUCAUCGACACUGCUUUCGCCGAGGCAUAGAUUACGAAGCGAAACAUCCGGACAGUUUCAAGCUUGCCAUAAUAUUUCCACAAUGAGCACACAGAGACUCGACUUGCCGUGCAGUUUCGUUAGGAAAGACGGGUCGAGGCCUCAGCACGUCAGGCCCGUUGGCCUUUCGGUUGUCGACAAGCCCGUUGAUUCCAAGCCCGCUGGUUGCUCUCUCCGGCAGAACAUCAAACUCCCGCCAACCCCAACCGAAAGCAGGCGUGAAAAAGUUGGCGACUUUUGGGACAGAGGUAGAAGCUCGAAAAAGAGGUAUGCAGCUGAAGAAGUCAUCUUCGACGACGAGAGCCACAUGAACCGAUCAGAGAGGAAAAGGGCCCGUGGCUCACCCAAAGAAGAAGAAGAAGGGGGGCAUUUGAGGAAUUUACGCUGGUUCCAUCCGGGCUCGUCUGAGGUCCCCUUCAGCCUCUCGUGCUCGGGAGAUGAAAAUCAAGAGCUCGUUGUAGCUUCCCCUCUGCCCCCUCUUUCGAGCAUACCGUGGCUCGACUCAGUAGCAAUCAAGUGUCCCGAGAAGGACUCGUCUGGCUCGUCAUCGUCGAGUGGUUCCGGCAAUAGCCACCGCCAGCCAAUCAUUCCCGAGCCGGGCCACACCUUAUCCGGGCCCAAGUCUGGCAAUGGCUCGUCACCACCCGACCUUCCCGAGCCCGUCUUUUCGCCACAUCACCACAACGGUGGGACCCACCACAACAACCACCACUCAGAGGAGCACGAGUGUGUCGAGCUCGUCAGCCUUCUCGUCUCGUGUGCCGAGCAAAUCGGGUCGAGAAAAAACCCAGCCGCUGCCACCACCUGUCUCGUCCGCCUCGGCGAGCUCGCUUCCCCGCGCGGACCGUCCGCCGUUCACCGCCUCGCAGCAUACUUCACCGAAGCUCUGGCUCUCCGAGCCGCUCGACUCUGGCCGCACGUGUUCCACUUCCCACCACGGGAGCUUGACCGGGCCCACGACGAAAACGAGGCCCUCCGAGUCCUAAACCAAGUGAGCCCAAUCCCGCGCUUCGUCCACUUCACGUCUAACGAGAUCCUCCUCCGGGCUUUCGAGGGAAAAUCCCGAGUCCAUUUGAUCGACUUCGAUGCGGGCCUAGGGUUACAGUUUCCGGGCCUUCUCCAAAGCUUGGCUUCUCGACCCGACCCACCGACCCACGUCCGGAUCACGGGCGUGGGCACCGGGUCGAAGCAGGAGCUUGUCGAGACGUUCGACCGACUCUCAGGACUCGCGGCCGAGAUGAAUCUCCCGUUCGAGCUUCGAUUCCACCCGGUUGUCGAUCGGCUCGAGGAUGUUCGCCGGUGGAUGCUUCACGUGAAGGAAGGGGAAGCCGUGGCCGUGAGCUGCAUUUUCCAGCUGCACAAGCUGCUUUAUGACGCGACCGGAGCUGCAAUACGAGACUUCUUGGGAGUUAUCCGGAGCACGAAUCCAGAGGCGGUGGUUUUAGCCGAGCAAGAAGGGAAGCACGACGGGUCGAGCCUCGAGUCGAGGCUAUGCAAUGCUUUGAGAUACUAUGCGGCGAUUUUCGACUCGGUGGAUUCGAGCCUGCCUUUGGGGAGCGCGGCUCGGUUGAGAGUUGAGGAGAUGUUCGGUCGGGGGAUUAGGAAUAUAAUCGCAUGCGAGGGUCGGGAGAGGGUGGAGAGGCAUCAAGUGUUCGGGAGGUGGAGGGAGGUUAUGAGGGGGAGUGGGUUUAGGAGCGUAGGGAUUGGGGAAAGGGAGGUGAUGCAAGGGGAAAUGAUGGUGAGGAUGUAUUCUUCAUGUGGGGAAGGUUUUCGAGUCGAGAGGAAGGAGGAAAACGGGUCGGGUUGUGUUAUGCUGAGAUGGUUGGAUCAGCCGCUUUAUAAUGUCUCGGGUUGGGUACCGGAGGAUCGGGCUGGUGGGUCUUUGGCGAGUUGA